AUGAAUGCUAUUAGCUGGAAUUGCCGUGGGCUUGGGAACCCACGGGCCAUUCAAUUCCUUGUUGACAUCUGUGUUCAAAAGAAGCCCAAUUUUAUAUUCCUUUGUGAAACUUUAUGCAAUAAUGACAUUGUCGAUAGGCUCAAGGUUCGGUUGGGCUUUGAAAAUAGCUUUACUGUGCCGGCCCAAGGUAGAAAAGGUGGACUAGCUUUUUUAUGGAAAAUUUCUACUGAUGCUCAUUUGCUUAAGUUUUCGGCCCACCAUAUUGACUUGGAAGUUCAUGUUCCUGGCUUUGUUCACUGGCGUCUUACUGGGUUCUAUGGAGAACCAAACCGCUCACGACGCCAUACAACGUGGGAGCUUCUGUGUGAGCUGGCAGAUGCUUCAACCUUGCCAUGGUGCAUUCUUGGAGACUUCAACAACAUCACCACUCAUGACGAUAAGAAGGAUGGUCGGCUUUAUCCUGAAUCACUAAUCAAUGGCUUCAAUACAACUCUUCAUGACUGCCAAUUGUGUGAACUUCAGUUGCAUGGUCACAAAUACACAUGGGAGCGUGGAAGAGGGACCCAAAAUCACAUUGAAAUAAGGUUAGACAAAGCUUUUGCUACUCAUUCUUGGCUAACUAUUUUUAAUGAGGCUCGUUUGUCAAAUUUUGAUUUUUCGUCCUCCGAUCAUACUCCUAUUUUCCUUGAACCCGCACCUGUUGUUAUGAGUAAACCGGUUGUUAUUUUUCGUUAUGAAAAUGCUUGGGGCCGUGAACCUUUAUGUAGCCAAAUUGUCCAAAAUUGGUGGGAGGUUAAUGCUCAUCUCCCUCUUGCUGAUAAAACUAAGCUUUGUCUUGAAACUUUACUUGAUUGGGGCCGUGAUCUUACUGGGCACUUCAAGAAGCGACUGUCUAAUAGUAAGAAAAAACUAUCAAGCCUCAAGUCUCGUGACAAUUCGGACUCAUAUGAAGACUUUUUGAAUGAGCAAUGGGACAAAAAUAGCAAAUAUUUUCAUGCCACCGCAAGCUCUCGUAAACGAAAUAAUCAAAUUGUCCAACUUCAGGAUAGUGAUGGUGUUUGGAGAGGCUGGAAUUCAGGUCUUGAUCAGGUAAUAAUUGAUUAUUUCUCGGUUCUUUAUACUACUGAUCAUGCUAUUUGUGGCUCUGUUGUCAAUGGUAUACGUCGCUCAGUUACUGGUGAACAAAACGAAAUCUUGCUCUGCCCAAUCACAGCUAAUGAAGUUAAGCAAGCUCUCUUCCAAAUGCACCCUGACAAAGCUCCAUGA